UUUGUAUUAAAAUAUAUAAAAGUUAUAGAAGUUAUAGAAAUCAUUCUCGAGUUUUAACCAAAACUCUGAAUUUUUAAUUGCAACACUCUAUCACCCAAAUGUUAAUCUCUGAAGUCACCAGAUAAUUUAUUUUACUCUUUUCUUUUCUAUAAAGAGAAUGAUGAUAAAAACCUUGAAUUUACUCUAAAUGUACAUCAUUAGAUAACACUAUAAAAUAAGUUUACUGGUGUUGUUCUUUGUUCUUGUAUUUAUAGAACAAUACACUAACCUUCAGAUAACCUAAUGUUAAGCACUGAUGGUAAAAUCUACAUAAGUGUCAGAUCAUCUUCACCACAAUUGUGUGAAUUCUUGGUCCUAAUAGUGUCCCCUUUCUUAAGAAAAUAUAGAGAAUUAUUGCUAAAUAUGAAUUAUUAUAAAGCUGGAGACUAUUAAUAGCAUACAAUGCUCCAGAGCCAUAGAUUUUUAAAAGAAAUUAGAGUUUGAUUAAGACUUUUAAACCUUUGGGAGACUACUAUGAGCAGUCAUAGCCACAAAUUUCUUAUCAAUAGAGAACAUUUUCAUUAGGCGAAUCUUUCAUGAUUCUUAGUCAGGCUGCUUUGCUUUGACUCACUCUAUUAAAAAUAAGGAGUAUAUACCUUUUGCUAUUAUCAGGCCCUUUUUAAAUUUUCAAAAAAUCGGUUUACUUUUAAAAAGUGAGUAAACGCGUUUUGGAAAAUAUAGAAACAAAUUAAAUAGACUCUGAGAUAGCUCAGUCAACAAGAGAUGGAAAGAGUUAAGACAACUUCAGUCUCAAUAGUGUUUGUGAUUUUACUAGCUUGAGAGGGACUACCUUGACAAGUUGGCAGUAAGUCGGCUGUCAGAAAAUUCUAAAAUAACUUGAAUAAAUUGAAUGACUGUUGAAAGUAGACAAUUCAUAUAAAAUAAUCUACACUAGUGAUUUUUCAAGCCUGGACUAGCUAAUACAGCUAGGACUACUAGUUAAUGCUCAAGGUCCCAACUUUGAAAUACUAUCUUUUAUAGCUCUCAAGCUCUGAAUAACAAAAUGUCUUUUAUUGGUAGUCAGCCUAAUAUUUAAUUCUGGGCGGUGUAACUUUGAUUUUAAGUAAACCGGUAAUUUUAAAUUAUGGAAAUUAAUCAACUGAAGUUCCACCUAAUUGAGUAUUUGAGGAAAAUAUCAGUUAAAAUGAAGAAUUUAUGAAAACGUGAGGUUGGUAAACAAAUAAGCUGCUACCUCUU